ACUUUGGGACAACAUUAUGGAAUAAUACUAACUACUACUUUAUGGUGGGAUUAACAAGAUCUCUUGCUACAUGCAGACCAAAGUAGAAAAAGAGCAGUAUCUGCACAUGAUUAAACACGGGCAUUUGGACAUCAUUGUCGGAACUCACUCGCUUCUUGGUAGUCGUGUUGUAUUUAACAAUCUUGGCCUCCUUGUGGUUGAUGAGGAACAUGUUGGCUUCCUAUUAUUUAUGAGGUUUGGUGUCAAACAGAAGGAGAAGAUUGCUUCAUUUAAAACUUCAGUUGACGUCCUCACACUUUCUGCAACACCUAUACUGAGAACCCUUUAUUUAGCGUUGACUGGGUUUCAUGAUGCUAGUUUAAUUUCAACGCCACCUCCUGAAAGAGUUCCCAUAAGAACCCAUCUUUCAGCAUACAGUAAAGAAAAGGUAAUAUCAGCAAUCAACUAUGAGCUGGACCGUGGUGGCCAAGUUUUCUUUGUUCUGCCUCGUAUCAAAGGACUUGAAGAAGUGAUGACAUUUCUCGAACAGUCAUUUCCAAAUGUUAAAUUGUUAUUGCUCAUGGAAAGGUGACAUAACUAUCUUGAUGUUAUAUGAAAAAUUGACAUAUUUCAUAUAUAUAUAUAUAUAUAUAUGUAUUUUUA